AUUCAGACAAAAGAAAUUCCUAGAUGGCAUAAGCAAAAUGGCUUAGCAAGGCUAAGCUUAAGCACAGAGAAAGACAGCAACUUAGACAGACAAAGCUGCCCCUUUCUCUUUCUCUUCAUUUCUCAAACUUUGUCUUCUCUUCUUCUUCUUCUGUAUUUCUGUCUCUCCACUUCACAAAAGCCCCCACCAACAAUUAGUCAACUUUUCAACCUCCCGAAAGAAGUUGCAGCUUUUAGGCUCAGACUUCUAUGCUAAUAUGAAAUAGAGAGUUGGGUGUUCUUUGGAUUUUGGAGAAGUGGGGGGUAUUUACUAUUUCUGUGAGGGUAUAUAGUGUUGUUUGGUUAAAAGGGGUUGUAAUGGAAGGGGGGUAAGGUUGUGAAAAUGGAGUUAAGAAUUGUAUAAAGUCUUUAGUUUUUGUGUAAAAAGGAAAAGGAAGAAGUGGGUAUUUGUUAGAUUUGGAGGAUAGAGUUGGGGAACUUGAAUAUUGUGUUGUUGUUGUUUGGUUGAAGGGGAUUUUGUUGUAAUGGAAGGAGGGUCAGGUUUCAACUCUGUUCCUCCUUCAAACUCUUUUGAUAAGUCUAGAGUUUUGGAUGUGAAGCCUCUGCGUAGAUUGAAACCAGUUUUCCCCAAUGGUCCUCAAACUCCUCCCUUUGUGUGUGCCUCACCCCAUGGCCCUUUCCCUUCUCAGUUUACACCGUUUUACCCAUUUUGUGGGCUCCAAGGAUCUCAAACCUCAUCUGAUAACCAGCAGAAUCAAACCCCAAUGCCAAUGGGUCCUAAUCCAACUCCUCUUCGGGCAUUUCGAAGCUUGCAAGCAGCAGAAUUCUCAGGUGCCUUUAAUGGAGACACUGAGCCGUCAACAGGUGGGGAUGGUGAUGGGUUAAGAAUGAGUGAAGAUGGGUAUAUUGAAGGUCAAAAACGCACAGGACCUAACUUGCGUGGCUCCAACUCAUCCCAAAAGAAGACGAGGAAAAAUCAAGACGCUGGUUCUUCACGCCGUCCUGCUGCUACCAAAAUGUCUCUUCCAACUAUUGUUGUUACUGUUAGUCAAAGCGAACGGGAUGAUGGUAGCAGGGAGGUGGUUAAUCAUGUGCUUAUGACAUUUGAUGCGCUCCGGAGAAGGCUCAGCCAAAUUGAAGAUGCUAAGGAACAGACCACUGGGAUUAUCAAGCGUUCAGAUUUAAAAGCCUCAAAUAUUUUGAUGACCAGUGGCUUUCGGACAAACAUGAAGAAGAGGAUUGGAGCUGUACCUGGAGUUGAGGUUGGGGACAUCUUCUUUUUUCGUAUGGAAUUGUGUUUGGUGGGAUUACAUGCUCAGUCUAUGGGUGGAAUUGAUUCUCUGGUUGUCAAGGGUGAUCUGGAAGAAGAACCUGUGGCUGUGAGCAUUGUUUCAUCUGGAGGAUAUGAUGAUGAUGCAGAGGAUAGGGAUGUUCUGAUUUAUAGUGGUCAGGGUGGCAAUUUUGGUAAGAGAGACAAACAAGCAGCUGAUCAGAAGCUUGAAAGAGGUAAUCUUGCUCUGGAGAGAAGCUUGAGGCGGGGCAACGAUGUACGUGUCAUUCGGGGUCUGAAAGAUGUUGUUAGUCCUUCAUCAAAGGUCUAUGUAUAUGAUGGCCUUUAUAAAAUCCAAGAGUCAUGGAUAGAGAGCAAAUCUGGUUGCAAUAUAUUUAAGUACAAAUUUGUGAGGAUGCCUGGGCAGCCUGAUGCCUUUGCUGUUUGGAAAUCAAUUCAGAAGUGGAAGGAAGGUUUUUCGUCAAGGGUAGGACUUAUUCUUCCAGACCUCACUUCUGGGGCUGAAAGUACACCUGUUUCACUUGUAAAUGAUAUUGAUGAAGAGAAGGGCCCUGCUUAUUUCACUUAUUUUCCCACUCUCAAGUACUCAAAAUCAUUCAACUUAGCACAGCCUUCUUUUGGCUGCAAUUGCCAUAAUGCAUGCCAACCAGGUGAUUCUAACUGCUCUUGCGUGACCAAAAAUGGUGGUAAAUUUCCAUAUACUACCAACGGUAUUCUCGUGAGCCGGAAGCCUUUGAUAUAUGAAUGUGGUCCCACCUGUCCUUGCUUUCCUAACUGUAAAAACCGAGUAUCACAGACUGGUUUGAAAGUCCACUUGGAAGUAUUUAAAACAGUGGAUAAGGGUUGGGGCCUCCGGUCAUGGGACCCUAUUCGUUGCGGUACUUUUAUAUGUGAGUAUGCAGGUGAAGCUAUUGACAAAGGCAAGGCAAAGCAGGGUGGGGAGGAAGGUGAAAAUGAUGAGUAUGUUUUUGAUACAUCCCGUGUUUAUGGUUCUUUCAAGUGGAAUUAUGAAUCUGGAUUGUUGGAGGGAGAAAGUUCUAAUGAAUCUAAUGAGGAAUACAAACUUCCAUCUGACCUAGUCAUAAGUGCCAAGAAUGUUGGAAAUGUAGCACGAUUUAUGAAUCAUAGUUGCUCACCAAAUGUUUUCUGGCAACCAGUUUUAUAUGAACACAAUAGUCAAUCCUUUCUACACAUUGCAUUUUUUGCAAUUAGACAUAUCCCCCCUAUGACAGAGUUGACUUUUGAUUACGGGAUUGCUGGCUCAGAUGAGGUUGAGGGUAACAGUGCACUCAAUAGGAAAAAGAAAUGCUUAUGCGGAUCAUCAAACUGCCGCGGUUAUUUUGCUUAAUAUUUUAAGGUUUGCAUACCAGCAGACAAGCAUGGUGCCAGCAAAUAUGGUCCUGGAUAGAAGGCAAACCAACAAGGAUUAAACACCGCGUCUGUUGGGAGCCUGUUCCAUCCAAAGUUCCUCUUAGAUGGCCACACAUUUUCCAUUACUGUGACCAAGCUUAGCUGCUAGAUUGUAUGCUGUAAACAGUACUCCCCCUCUUGGAAUAGUGGUGUUUUGCUAUCUUGUGUAUGACUGAAUGGUAAAGUUAUUGGUUCUUGUAGUAUUAAAGAAUGGCCAUGGCUUUCACCUUGAAAUGCUUUUGUAGCAGUAAUUUGCAUUUGUAACCAUGUGUUGUGACAGAAUUCUAUUGUUGACUUUUGUAGCUGUAUUAGCAGUGCAAGCUCAUGAUGUUAUCCUAAAA